GGUAUAGGAAGAAAAAGAGUGUAAAUUAAGAGAAAGGAGGAAGGCAUGGGAGUUUGGAGUUCAAGGUUUGGCCGUCUCCCUCGCUAAAACCACCCUUCAAACUUUACCACUUUUUGUGCUUCUUCUCAUCUCUCUCUCUAAAUUCUCACAAAAACCCAUUUCCCAAUCCUUCCAUUCACUCAUCUUUCUUCAUCGCUAAUGGCUUUGAAUUUCAAUCCUGCACUGAAUCUCCCAUGCCAUACCACUCACCGCCAUCGCAGAUCUUCCAAUCGUCUCAUGGCCUCCACGAUUCAUGCUGUCUCCAAACAGACCGAGGGAGCAAAGAAGUCGCAUUUCCCUCCCCGAGAAGUACACGUCCAAGUGACUCAUUCCAUGGCACCUCAAAAGAUGGAGAUAUUCAAAUCAUUAGAAGAUUGGGCAGAAGAGAACAUCUUGGCUCACCUAAAGCCUGUUGAAAAUUGUUGGCAACCUCAAGAUUAUCUCCCCGACCCCGAAUCCGAUGGUUUCUAUGACCAAGUCCAGGAAAUAAGGGAGAGAUCGAAGGAGAUUCCCGAUGACUAUUUUGUCGUGUUGGUUGGGGACAUGAUCACUGAAGAAGCCCUUCCAACUUACCAGACAAUGCUGAACACCCUCGAUGGCGUCCGUGAUGAAACUGGUGCGAGCCUCACCUCGUGGGCAGUAUGGACAAGAGCCUGGACUGCCGAAGAGAAUAGGCAUGGUGACCUUCUGAAUAAGUACCUUUACCUGUCGGGACGAGUGGAUAUGAAGCAGAUUGAAAAGACCAUUCAGUACCUCAUUGGAUCGGGAAUGGAUCCCAAAACAGAAAACAAUCCAUACCUUGGUUUCAUUUACACUUCAUUUCAAGAGAGGGCAACUUUCAUCUCCCAUGGCAACACAGCUAGGCUAGCCAAGGAGCAUGGCGAUUUUAAGCUAGCACAGGUAUGUGGUAUAAUUGCCUCGGAUGAAAAACGCCACGAGACUGCCUACACCAAGAUCGUUGAGAAGCUUUUCGAGGUUGACCCUGAUGAUACCGUUAUGGCUUUAGCUGACAUGAUGAAGAAAAAAAUCUCAAUGCCAGCCCAUUUGAUGUACGACGGUCAGGACAACAACCUUUUCGAGAACUUUUCAUCUGUUGCUCAACGGCUCGGCGUUUACACUGCUAAAGACUAUGCUGACAUUCUCGAGUUCCUUGUCAGUAGAUGGAAAAUAGAGAAUUUGACAGGUCUCUCAGGCAAGGGACGCAAAGCACAAGAUUUCGUGUGCGGGUUACCUCCAAGGAUUAGAAGACUGGAAGAGAGAGCUCAAAGCAGAGCCAAGCAAGCACAAAGAGUUCCAUUUAGCUGGAUCUUCGGCCGCGAAAUUCAAGUGUAGGAGCAACAGGUAUUAAACUACUCGACUCGACUACGUUUGAAUACAAAUCUUAAGUGUUUUCAAGUUUAGAUAUUACGUUCGAGUCUUGAUUGCUUAAAGUUAGGAAGAUUAGACUGUCUUGUGGCUGCUGCUGCUGCUGUUUUUGGUUGUUGCACCAACUAGUCUCCCCCAGUACCUUAUUUGUUUAGCAGAAAAGGUUCAGUAAUGGCUUGGGUUUUGAUUUUUGUCGAACACAGAUUAGAAUGGCAACUAAUUUCCCAUCUGUUUAUUGUUGUAAUGACCAAACCAACUAUAAAUUUUGGCACCAAAUCCCACUGCUGUUUUAUCUUGAUCCAUCA